AUGGUGUUUGGUGGGCUUGGUCUAACACAGCUUCUUCUGCUCAUCGCAAAGUGUAAUUUGACACUCGCUGAUAGUUCAGCUUCACUUAACAGUAAUUGUGGAUCUCCUCUCAGCAUUUCAAUUAAUGAUCCAUAUCCAAGUACUAACAAUUCCCAAUAUAAAAUGUACGUAUGGGAAUUCACAUCUAAAACUGCGCCUGCAAGCAUUGGAAACCAGUUUCCUUCGCUCGAAAAUUCUUGUCCAAGUUUACCAUGUAAUAGUGGUUAUGAAUCUUCAAGUAAUCAAUAUUAUUUUGUUAUGGCGAUAAAGAAUCUUAACUCUCAAGCUGCUAAUGUUACUUUUAAUGUCUUAUGGGAUAUUCAAUGUGAUAGUACCCCUUCAAAUACCACUUCAAAUUCUGAGACUACUAAUAAUAAUUCCAGUAAACCUAAAAAAAGUGAUGGAUCUAGUAAAUUUGGAAAUAUUGUUAAUAUUUAUAUUUUAACUAUUGUAAUUACAAUUAUCAUAGAAUUAGGUCAAUUAGUUGCUUAA